AACACUGACAAAAAUAGUUGAGUGUUUGAUUUUAAUUUAAGAAAGAUGGGGAAAUUAAUUUCCAAAAGGCUUGGAGUGUUUGUGAUGAUAUUUGUGUUUGCUAUAGGUAUAGCAGAAUGUAGAAAACUUGAGAAGGAAACCCUUGGAGGUGGUUUAGGUGGAGGCGUCGGAGGAGGGGUUGGUGGUGGCCAUGAUGGUGGUUUAGGUGGAGGCUUUGGAGGUGGAAAAGGUGGUGGGGUAGGAGUUGGAGGUGGAGCCGGUGCAGGUGGUGGUGGCGGCCUUGGAGGUGGAAAAGGUGGAGGCAUAGGAGGUGGAGCUGGUGGUGGUGCUGGUGGAGGUAUAGGAGGUGGAGCUGGUGGUGGUGCUGGAGGCGGUGCUAAUGGUGGUUUUGGAGGUGGAAAAGGUGGAGGGAUAGGAGGUGGAGCUGGUGGUGGAAAAGGUGGAGGCAUAGGAGCAGGUGGUGGUGUCGGUGGUGGCACUGGAGGCGGUGCUGGUGGUGGUUUUGGAGGUGGAAAAGGUGGAGGGAUAGGAGGUGGAGCUGGUGGUGGAAAAGGUGGAGGCAUAGGAGUAGGUGGUGGUGCUGGAGGCGGUGCUGGUGGUGGUUUUGGAGGUGGAAAAGGUGGAGGGAUAGGAGGUGGAGCUGGUGGUGGAAAAGGUGGAGGCAUAGGAGCAGGUGGUGGUGCAGGUGGUGGCGCUGGAGGCGGUGCUGGUGGUGGUUUUGGAGGUGGAAAAGGUGGAGGGAUAGGAGGUGGAGCUGGUGGUGGAAAAGGUGGAGGCAUAGGAGCAGGUGGUGGUGCCGGUGGUGGCGUUGGAGGCGGUGCUGGUGGUGGUUUUGGAGGUGGAAAAGGUGGAGGGAUAGGAGGGGGUGCUGGUGGUGGCUUUGGAGGUGGAAAAGGUGGAGGGAUAGGAGGUGGUGCUGGCGGUGGUUUUGGAGGUGGACAAGGCGGAGGUAUAGGAGGUGGAGUUGGUGGUGGAGGAGGUGCUGGUGGUGGCGGUGGCUUUGGAGGUGGUGCUGGUGGAGGAAUUGGAGGAGGAUUUUAGUUGCAAAAUGUGCAUGCUUAAAAAUAUUAUAACUUGUAAGCGUGCAUGCUAAUGCAUGAUGUGGUUGACUAUGACGUAUCAUACUGCCAUACUAAUUAAUAUUAUUGAGUAAAAUAAAAAGCAAUGCUUUCUAGUUUCA